GUAGUACGUCCACGAUUCAGUAAUAAUUCUGGCGUCAUCUUCUCCUUUUCUCUUUCCCCCUUUCCUCUUCUUCUGUCCUCAAUCUGUCUCGUUUCUCCAUUCUGUUCCUCCCCUCUCCUCCACGGCCAGCCCCGAUCUCCAACGGUCACACCGCACUCACUUCGAGAUCUUUUUAACUUAUUAAUCUUUUCACAAGUAACUCCAAUUUCAAACGUUUUAAUGAGCCUGUCCCUUUCUUUUAUUCCAGUCUCCGAGUAGAAAUUAAAUCGCUCUCUGUAUUUAUCAGGGAUCCAAAAGAAACCCCCUUCCCCAUAUUCUCAGCUCUCGUAAUCUUCCCCCCCUUUCCCUUUCUGAUAAUUUCGGUCCAAGAAAAACCACUCGCUAGAAAUUGGGCGAAUGGCGAGAGUUGUUCUCUUCUUAUUAUUCCUCCUCCUAUUCUUCUCGUCCGGUUGGGCCGGGGGCGUGACUCGACCUCUCUGCCGCCGCCGGCGUGCGGAAGAAGGUGUCGGGUGGCGGCGGAGGGACGAAGAGGGGCCGGCGGUGGCCACGACGGGGGAGCUGUGGUGCGUGGCGAAGAACAACGCGGAGGACGCGGCACUGCAGGCGGCGCUGGACUGGGCGUGCGGGCAGGGCGGGGCGGACUGCCGGCCCAUCCAGGAGGGCGGGGCGUGCUACGAGCCGCAAGACAUUCAGUCCCACGCCUCCUUCGCCUUCAACGACUACUUCGUCCACAACGGCUUCUCGUCUUCCGCCUGCGACUUCUCCGGCACCGCCGCCCUCUCCUCCCUCAACCCCAGUCACGGUCGCUGCAUCUUUCCUUCGAGCUCAUCCACGAGAAAUGGCAACUUCAGCGGAUCGACAACAGGAUCCAUAGCUGGACUAGGCCCUGCUGGGACCGAUAUCAGCGGUGGACAUUUGUUGCUGGUCAAGACAAUGCAGCCAUCAAGCAUGGCUAUUUUUGCGAUCCUAAUGGUGGCCGCAACUGGUACGUUAUUUCGGUAGUGUAAAGCAAGGAUUAGCGAUGUUGAAAUGGUAUUCCAUAUAUAUGAUAUUCUGAGGCCUCGACAGAGAAAGCGAAGCAAUUUAAGAAGUUCUAUUCAACCUGUCUUUUUGGGAUUUGUAUACUUAGCCAGUUCACAUGCUCCAGUAUUGUUUUGUCCCUUCCCUGUCCCCUGUUUAUUAUUGAAGUAACGGAAUAAUCAUUUAUUUUUCUUGCACGAGUGAUGAUGAUUCCUUCAA